UCCCUAGGGGAAGGGGAAGAGGAGAGGAAAGGAGCGAGAGGCCGCCAGCGAGCGAGUACGGGCGGCAUCCGCAGUCUCCAGAAGUUUGAGACUCGGCGGUGAGCGGACUUGUGCGCCCGGACUCUCUGCCGCGCCAGCGCCAAGGGAAAAGAGCAGGGGCUGCCUGGCCGCCGCGCGCCGGCUUUGUCAUGAUGGCCAGCUACCCCGAGCCCGAGGACGCCGCGGGGGCCCUGCUGGCCCCGGAGACCGGCCGCGCAGCCAAGGAGCCCGAGGCGCCGCCGCCGCCGCCGAGCCCCGGCAAGGGAGGCGGCGGCGGGGCCGGGACAGCCCCGGAGAAACCCGACCCCGCGCAGAAGCCCCCGUACUCGUACGUGGCGCUCAUCGCCAUGGCGAUCCGCGAGAGCGCCGAGAAGAGGCUCACGCUGUCCGGCAUCUACCAGUACAUUAUUGCCAAGUUCCCGUUCUACGAGAAGAACAAGAAGGGCUGGCAGAAUAGCAUCCGCCACAACCUCAGCCUCAACGAGUGCUUCAUCAAGGUGCCGCGCGAGGGCGGCGGCGAGCGCAAGGGCAACUACUGGACGCUGGACCCGGCCUGCGAGGACAUGUUCGAGAAGGGCAACUACCGGCGCCGCCGCCGCAUGAAGCGACCCUUCCGGCCGCCGCCCGCGCACUUCCAGCCCGGCAAGGGACUCUUCGGGGCCGGAGGCGCCGCGGGCGGCUGCGGCGUCGCUGGCGCCGGGGCCGACGGCUACGGCUACCUGGCGCCCCCCAAGUACCUGCAGUCCGGCUUCCUCAACAACUCCUGGCCACUACCGCAGCCGCCUUCGCCCAUGCCCUACGCCUCCUGCCAGAUGGCGGCGGCCGCUGCAGCGGCGGCCGCCGCCGCUGCAGCCGCGGGCCCGGGCAGCCCGGGCGCGGCCGCGGUGGUCAAGGGGUUGGCUGGCCCGGCCGCCUCGUAUGGGCCGUACUCACGCGUGCAGAGCAUGGCGCUGCCUCCCGGCGUGGUGAACUCGUACAACGGCCUGGGAGGCCCGCCGGCCGCGCCCCCGCCGCCGCCGCACCCUCACUCACACCCGCACGCACACCAUCUGCACGCGGCCGCCGCACCCCCGCCGGCCCCGCCGCACCACGGGGCAGCCGCACCGCCCCCGGGCCAGCUCAGCCCCGCCAGCCCUGCUACCGCCGCGCCCCCGGCGCCCGCGCCCACUAAUGCGCCGGGCCUGCAGUUCGCCUGCGCCCGGCAGCCCGAGCUCGCCAUGAUGCAUUGCUCUUACUGGGACCACGACAGCAAGACCGGCGCGCUGCACUCGCGCCUCGAUCUCUGA